AUGUUGGGACAGAGCAUCUGGAGGUUCACAGCCUCUGUGGUCUGUAGGAGCCACUCUGAGGAGGGUCCAGGGGAGAAUUUGCCAUUUUCAGUGGAAAACAAGUGGUGGUUACUAAAUAUGAUGACUGUGUACUUUGGAUCUGGAUUCACUGCACCUUUGUUUAUAGUAAGACACCGACUGCUCGAGAAAUAA